AUGACUUCCAACCCAAAAGACGACGCCUCCAACAAGGAGGUCUACUUGGCCUCCCUGCCCGACUACCACGUCGCGCCGCUGUGGACCGUCAUGUCGAGCAUGGUGCCGCCGAAGCCCAACCCGCGAGCCGCGGUUCUAAAGUGGGCGUACGAGGAGCUCCGCCCGCUGCUGCUCAAGUCUGGCGAGCUGGUUGACACGGAGGAGGCGGAGCGCCGGGUGCUCAUGCUCGUCAACCCAAACAUGCGCGCUCCCUACACCACCGACACCAUCUACGCCGGCCUGCAGCUGAUUCAGCCCGGGGAAACGGCCCGCGCGCACCGGCACGUCGCGAGCGCCCUCCGCUUCAUCAUAGAGGGCGACAAGGGCUUCACGGCCGUGGGAGGGAAGAAGAUCACGAUGCAAAAGGGGGAUCUCAUUUUGACUCCUAGCUGGGAAUGGCACGACCACGGCCACGACGGCGACGGCCCCAUGAUCUGGCUGGACGGUCUGGACCUGCCGCUCUUCCAGGCCUUGCCCACCAACUUCGCCGAGAUGUAUUCCGACCCGCGAUACCCGAGCACACCCACCGACGACGAGUGCGACAUCCGGAUCCCUUGGACGGUGGCGCUCACGCACCUGGACUCGCAGCCGGGCCCCUGGGCAAUCUUCAACUACACGCGCCGGGUCGGCGGCCAGGGGGAGCCCGUCGAGAUUUCGCGCACGCUGGGCGCCCAGGCCGAGAAAAUCGAAGCCGGGAAGCAGAGCGAGCCCGUCAGGGAGACGUGCUCGUUUGUGUACCACGUCUACGAGGGUUCUGGUACCAGCACGAUCGAGACGACGAGCGGCACUGAGCAAGUUACGUGGCGCAAGGGGGAUACUUUUGCAGUGCCGACUUGGUCCGAGAGGGUUCACAAGGCUGAUCAAGGGACGACGGCUUAUUUGUUUGCCGUAAACGAUGCGCCUCUACUCAAAGCGCUGGGUAUGUACAGAAAGCAGUAG